GUCCCGUCUCCUUGGAAACACUAACAAACAUGGCGGAUUAACUUUCGUAGUGAGAAAAAGUACUUUUAUAAAAAUAUCUUGCCAAUAGGUGGAAAUACUUAACGCGCAAGUGUCAUUCAUAAAUCAGGUUAAAUGGACGUGGAAGAUAGGGAAAGUCCAUUUGAUGUGGCGUCCGACAGGUGUGGACUGCCAAGUGUCCACCUCAGCACUGAUGAGGACAGUGAUGAAGAUUUUUCAGUCCAGGGGACCUUUACCGAAGAAGAGUUGGCCUUCCCUCCUGAUCUGGAGUGGUUAGAGGAGUUGUAUGAAGAUGACCAUGAUGAUGUUGACGGUGAUGGCGACCUUGCGGUCGCGGCCGUGGACGGUAAGAAGAGGCGUUAUGCCGAGACAGCACGGAUGUUCAAGCUGAGACGAAACCUGGACCAGCUGGACUGCUUUCACCGACAGAAGGAGCGUGACGUGCUGAAAGCCAGAGAAGAGCUUAAACUCCGUCGUCACAACAUUGAAAGUUUGGUGAAGCACAGGGACAACUUGGAGAGAGAGAUCGAGCGACAGAGAGCAGCAGACGACAGCGUGGCUGUGUUUCGUUUGCGAUCCCAACAUAAACAUUUGUGUCAAGAGCUUCAGAGUGAGGAGGAACUGGAGGGCCACGUCAACACCGGGCUGAAACAGCAAGAACUUGUCCUGAGGGAGGUGGAGGUGGAGCUUGCCAGGUUCUCCUCGCUCCGGCAGGAGGUGCAGGAGGAGCAGCGAGUCUUCCAGGCCCAUAAGAACCAGAAGGCAUCGACAAGGCUGCAGCAGGAGAGGAAAGCCAGCCAGAACCUGCAGCUCAAGAUGCAGCAUCUCAAGCAGAAACAGGCAGCCAUGCUGAAGAAAGAGGAGGCUGAAUGUCAGACGAAAAUUGAAGAGGGACGGGCAAACCGCAAGAUAGCUGCCAAGUACCUGAAAGAGACCAUCAGAAGGAUGCAGCGGCAAGACGCUGAGAAGCAGCAGCAGAGGAGGGAGUUCCUGGAAAAGAGGAUUCAGGCGGUCAACUCACUGAAAUCGAACAUAGCAGCCACCCAGGAGAGCUUACGGGUGCAGCAAAGCAGAGCCAGGGUAAAUGCCCAGAAGGAAGAGGUGCGACAGACACAACUAAGAGAAUCCCUGGAGGCCCAAGGAAUCAACAGUAUCAAGCAUAUUUACCAACAGAAACAACUAGAGGAGAUAAAACGAAAACAAGCGGAAUUCGAGGAGAGGCAGAAGUCAAAGAGAGCGGAGAUUGUGGCAAAGAUCCUUCAGGAGGAGCAGCAGGUAAAGAGCAGAAAGAGACAGCAGGCACUGGUGCCCAAACCCUCCACCUGUCACAAGGUCCCAUUACCGGGGAGGGCAAGUGAGAAGCUCCUCCGCUACCUGGCUCCCAGACCCCCAUCAGCCCCCGUAGAGCGAGCGCCAAACCAGCUGAUCCGGUUCAGUGACGUCAGCAGCUCAUCGUCGGCCUCCUCUGAUGUUGAGGACGUGGAGGGAACCGUGCCCCAGGAGGAGGAGCACCAGAGGCUCGCUGACAGCCUGGCUGAGCCCGAGUUCUCUGGGCUGUGGGAGCAGAACCAGGAGAAGCUCCAGAAUAAGAAAAGGGCCCCGGUGCAGUCAGAAGUUAAGCAGGAAGAAGCAGCAAUGGGCGGUGGUGCACUGAACAUUCCUGCUAAAAAGGUUCAUGGAACAGAGUUGAAAGGUCCUCCGUUCAUCAGUAAACCAGAGGUCGUCUUCUUCAAGGACUUUGAAGUUGGGAUAAUCUAUAAGAAGAAAAUCGCCUUGACUAACGUCAGCUACGUCACCAACCACUGCAAGCUCCUCGGGGUCUCCGCCCGACUGAAAGACUUCCUCUCCAUCAGCUUUGCGCCUCCUGGUUCUUUAUCCACUGGGAUGUCAUGUGACAUGCAGGCUGUUUUUCAACCUACGAUCAACGAGGACUUGGAAGGUGAGGUCCACUUUGAGUCUGCGCUGGGUCCCUUCUCUGUGCCCGUCAGAUGCACCAUAAAGAAAUGUGAGCUGGAGGUCGACAGCCAGUUCCUUGACUUCGGUUCGCACGUGGUGGGCCAGACUAUUUCACGGAUCAUCACCUUGACCAACAAGGGGGCCCUUGCCACCCUCUUCAGCUUGAACACCUCCUCGCGUCUCAGUCCAGAAACCAGCCGCGUCCAGACGGCAUCCAACGUCUCUGCCAACACCCGCCAGGAGGAAAGCAGUCAACACACAACGUCUGAGGACCGGAGCUGCUCGGUUUCCAUGGGCACCGUAGAACUCCAACCAGAGCAGGAGAGUCAGGAGUUCUCUGAGGCUUUGCACACAGGGUCAGAGGCUUCGGCUACUGAUCCAGAAAUCAUUCCUGAGGCUUGUGCGUCCAGCGAUGUCCACUCAGACCCCGGUGACAUAAGCCUCGGAAGUGUUCGUGAAGGGGAGAUCGGACCCUUUCAAAGUCUCCAGCUGGAAGUUCUUUUCAGUCCAACCAUUCCAGGAACGGUCAAACUCGACUUCCACAUCAUUUUCUCUGACUUAACCAGCAAACCAAUUCCCAUCCAGGUGAGGGGGGAUGCAGUCAGUGUCCCUGUACGUGUGGUGCAGCCCAGCAUUGACCUGAAGAUCUGCAUGUUUGACCGCCUCUAUCAAGACAGCAUCGUGGUCCAAAGCAGAGCCAGCUCGGCCCUGAGGCUGACCUUUGAGGUGUGCCCGGAAAUGAGGAAACACAUGGAGAUCCUUCCAAAGACUGCUUUCGUCCAGGCCCAAUGCAGCUUUAACGCCCAACUCAAGUUCCUGCCGAGAAGCUCUUUAUCCAAAGAUGCCAAGGAUCUUUUUGACAGCGAUACAGGAGUCCUGGAGGUUCCAAUGGCCGUUGAAGUAGCAGGCCAGCUGAUUCAUCUCGGCUUCACGUGCGUUCAGGUGAUGCCGCUGCACUUCACGGUCCAAGCUGUCGUCACCUCGUCAGAGCUGCGGUUCGACCGGACUCCGGUGGACUUUGGCCUCUGUUCCAUCUACCAGUCGGUCAAGAGCAGCGUUCGCCUCACCAACCUGUCCCUGCUGCCUCAGGACUUCGGCUUCCUGAGCGUUCCAGAGUUUAUUGAGGUGCAGCCCAAUGACGGCUUUGGCACUCUGCUCCCACAAGAGACCCUGGAGAUAGAUCUGAUUUUCAGUGCCAAAAAGGCCAAAGAAUACAAUUUCCAGCUCCGCUGCAAAUCAGGAUUUAACAGAGAUUUCAUCCUGUCGUGCCGAGCGGCGGGUGUCCGCCCCCCGCUGCAGCUCUCCCACUCUCUGGUUCAGUUUGGGGCCACGGCCAUAGGGGACAAAUCCACUGCCGUACUUCACCUGAUCCACCCCAAAAAAACAAUCCCUCCGGUGGGGAAGGACGCGGUGGCUCCUGCGGCCCCCAGGCUCUUCUCCUUCAGCCUACCCGAGGGUUCAGACAUCAGCAUCGCUCCGUCAGCAGGCCGCCUACUGCCGGGAGAGAGAUGUCUGCUCCAAGUGACGUUCAGACCCCGACUGCCAGACCAAGACAUCCAAGAGGAGGCGCUGCGUCUCCUCCGGCGAGUCGAGCUGCACCGCCUGGAGGAGCAGGAGAGGAGCAGACACGCUGAGCAGGAGGCUUUAAAAGCGGUCCCAGUGGUCACCGCUAAAGGGAAGAAGGCCCCUGUGAUCCCAAAGACGGACCAGCCAGCCGAGUCACCAAAUCCUGCUGAGUUGCGGCCGUGGUCAGAGCGGCAGGAGGAGGCCAGAGCCUCUCUGCUGCACUCCUUCACUGGACGCUACAGCGAGAGCACCGUCCCCUGCUUCGUGUCGGACGGAGACCCCCCAGAGGACGACCCGCAGGCCCAGCCGGCGUGGAGUGCCUUCAAUACGCUGCACCUCAGGCUGCAGUGUCCGGCCGUCCAGCCCCCCCUAGUGGUCACAUCCAACAGUGCAAAGAAUGUCAUAGACUUCCAUCAGGUGGCAGUGGGAGAACGAGUGAUCAAGAGGUUUACCGUUCAGAACAUUUCAAGGGAAACUCUGGAUCUGGGGUCAUCGGUGCUGGAUGUACACGGCCCUUUUUCCCUUCUGAAUGCUCUCAGGUGCAUUAGACCCGGGGAAAAGCACACUCUGGUUGUGGCCUUCAGCCCCUCUCUGGAGAAAAAGUACUGCGAGAUUUUGGAGGUGCGUAGCCAGAAGAUGACCCUGGAGAUGACUCUGAGUGGGGUGGCCGUGGUCCCUGCCGUCACCUCCUCCCACCCUGGAGGCGUCCUUGACUUUGGCCAUGUGUUGCAGAAGGAGUGCGCCACGCAUGUCCUGAAGCUGCAAAACAGCUCAGUGGUGGCCGUGGGCUUCAGGGCGCUGCUGGCCAGCCUCUCUCCCUCAAGGCCUCCGGGUGGAGCGGACGGCCUGGCCUCCCUGCUGCGGACUCACACCGACUCUCCGGUCCAGCCUGCUGUCGGAUCCCAGAACCUUAACGGGCUGAGUGUGUUCAGCGCUGUUCCAGCAGAGGGCAGCGUUGCUCCGGGACGGAGCCUCGACAUCGCCGUCACCUUUCGGCCCGACCACCCUUCUGUCAACUACUCUGACAGGCUGACCGUAGAGCUCGCGAAUAAGAGCAAAGUGUGCGUGGUGGAUGUGAAGGGAGCGGCUUCUUCACACAACAUGUAUCUGUUGGGAGGAGACGUGCUGACGGUGCCCAUCGAAUCCCUCCUCCCUCCACCGACAACCAGACGACCUCCGCUCAAAGAGCCGGAGCUGAAGGAGAAGCCCACCACCCCCGUGCUGGUGACCCUUCGGGCCGGCUACAGCGCGGGAGUCAUCACACCUGCGGUGAGGGAGCUGCAGGUGGGCUGCAUCGCCACACAGUCCGUGAAGAAGGGCGGUGAGUUUCAGUGGGACAACGCGGCGUCCCUGCAGCCGCUCGGCUUCAGCGUGGAGCCCAGCAGGGGCUCCGUGGAACCGGGCCACCAACGCACCGUCACGGUCACAUGGGUUCCCCACAGUGGGUACAAGCCCUAUGAAGUGGUGCAGACAUGUUUACCUCUCACCUUGACGGGGGAUGAGACCAACGUUUACAGAGUCACCCUCAUGGCUUUGGUCUCCACCGCGGCCGACUGACCUCUACAGCGUCGGGACGCCGGACAAUUGGGAAUCAUCUCACACCCACACGCACUCUGACAUGUAUGUGGCCAGCAUGAACUAAAAUAUUGACUAUUUAUGGAUUAAAUGUAUUCAAUCAAAUCAAUAAAAGGUGGAGUUAAUGUAUCUGGAAA